AUGUAUAUGUAUACACAUGUAUAUAUGUAUAUAUAUGUGUAUACACACAUGUAUAUAUAUAUAUAUUGUAUAUAUAUAUAUGUAUAUAUGUAUAUAUAUAUAUAUAUAUAUAUGUGUAUAUAUAUAUAUAUAUAUGUAUAUAUAUAUAUAUAUAUAUAUACUAAUAAUGACAUCCCUGCUGGUUCACCAGAUUGUGGAAUAGACACGUUGAUG